AUGGGGAGGCUGGAAUUCCCUGAUCUCGGAAGACAUUGCAGCGUUCAACAUUGCAAACAGAUUGACUUCUUGCCUUUCACUUGCGAUUGCUGCAAUCUGUGCUAUUGCCUGGAACAUCGAAGCUACAUUAAACAUGAGUGUCCAAAAGCAGACACCAACGGCGUCACCGUCGUCAUUUGCCCCCUAUGCGCCAAACGAGUUCGCUUGAUUCCCGAUAAAGAUCCAAACAUCUCCUGGGAAUCACACGUGAGCACCGAAUGUGAUCCUUCAAACUACGAGAAAGUUGUCAAAAAGAAAAAAUGCCCAGUUCCUCGUUGCAGGGAAGCCCUAACAUUCUCCAGCACGAUCAAGUGUAGGGAUUGCGGUGUAGACCAUUGCUUGAAGCACCGGUUCGGGCUCGACCACAACUGUCCAAGACCUAAGAAACCCGCCGGAGCUCCGUCAACAUCUUUGUCUAACUGGUCCACAAGAUUUCUCAACGUAGGUACUAGUUUCCAUAAAAACCAGCAAAGUGGCCGGAGCGACAGCAGCGGCGGGAAAGUGGAGGAAUGUCGGCAAUGCAGGGUGAAAUUUUCGUCUGUGACGGCGUUGGUAGAGCAUGUUAAGAAGGUGCAUGAAAAGAACAAUGAGUCUCGAGUUCUUAUGUUGUCCAUCGAUGUCUGUCCCAAGUGUAGUAAGGGGUUUCGUGAUCCUGUCGCACUAGUAGAACAUGUCGAGAGGGAUCAUGGCGGUACUUCCAGAGCUUGA